GGGCACACUGGACGGCAGGGGGGUGAGAGUGCUGUGUGUGUACAGAGGCGAUGGAGUGUCUUCAUCCCAGUUCCAAGGGGUUUUAAAGUGGGAACUGAUAGAAAGAUUGAGGAGCACAGCAUCUUUGACAGCACAAGAUAGUUAGGUAUGAAGUAAAUUUGACUGGAAGGAGAGGAGGCGGCGGGUUUUUUGUCGUUUUGGACGGCGAAUGGUGCAGCGCGAGCUUCCCGAGGAAUUUUCUCUGGAAAGUGAAUGGUGGCGGCGCAGGGCGAGUUCAAACUUGUUUAAUGAAUUUUUACUUGUUUAACGAAAUAAACUGUCGUCAGUCCGUUCCAAUAUGGAGCGUUGCUUGUGAGAGGAUGAGCAACAAGGGUAGCCCGGUGAAGGCUUACGACUUUCUCCUGAAAUUCCUGCUGGUGGGUGACAGUGAUGUUGGGAAGGGGGAGAUCCUGGCCAGCCUGCAGGAUGGAGCCAGCGAGUCACCGUAUGGCUACAAUAUGGGCAUUGAUUACAAGACGACAACAAUUCUCUUAGAUGGGCGUCGGGUGAAAUUACAACUCUGGGAUACAUCUGGACAAGGCAGGUUCUGCACCAUUUUUCGUUCCUACUCUCGAGGAGCACAGGGUGUAAUUUUGGUCUAUGAUAUUACAAAUCGCUGGUCAUUUGACGGUAUCGACAGGUGGAUCAAGGAAAUAGAUGAGCAUGCUCCAGGUGUGCCUAAGAUCCUGGUUGGAAAUCGCCUUCACUUGGCUUUUAAGCGGCAGGUGUCUACAGAACAGGCUCAAGCUUAUGCGGAACGGCAGGGCAUGACGUUCUUUGAAGUUAGCCCAUUGUGCAAUUUUAAUAUAAUUGAGUCAUUCACAGAACUGGCUCGGAUUGUGCUAAUGAGGCAUGGAAUGGACAGGCUUUGGAGACCAAACAGAGUGCUAAGCCUACAGGAUCUGUGCUGCCGAGCCAUUGUUUCAUGCACACCUGUGCACCUGGUGGACAAACUGCCCCUUCCUGUUGCCUUAAAGAGUCACCUUAAGUCUUUCUCAAUGGCAAAUGGACUGAAUGCCAGAAUGAUGCAUGGACGUUCCUACUCUCUCACUGCUAAUGGCAGCAAACAAAAUAGCCUGAAGAAGUCCAAGAUCAUUCGUCCUUCUCAAAGCCCAAUACAGAGUUGCACUCGAAACAGCUGCAAAAUCUCUUAGUUACAGUGCUACAAUCUGUCUAUGAAAAAGAAAACCGAAACGUGAUCACCGUGUAUGCAGCUUGACAAGCUGUCUGAUGUUCCAGUUUUUAAAAAAAACUGCUUCCAAACUGUAUUUGUAAAGGGCCCAUUUAUCAUGGGGUUGGAGUUUGCACAUGGGAAUGAGAAAUGAUGCUGCUAGUUAAACAGUAAAAGAUUACAGGGACCUCUGAUUCUUGUGAGUGUUUCAAUUGAAGUAGGAAUGAUCGUGUGAUUUACGACAGUUCAAUGUCAAAAAAGAAAAUGGUGUUUGUUCAUUUUUGUGUGAUCCAGGCAGUUAAAUUGUCUCAAAUUGCAAUAGAUUAUCUUGGAGGAAAUAAGCAUGUAUAGUGUUGGUGUGUGCUGGAAUUUGAAUUGCAAUGUACACUAUAUGUUGUUUAAAACAUUUUUAAGUAUUGCAGUCAGAAUAUAGAUCUCAAUGACAGUUUAAGGAUCAGUUUCCAGGAAUAUGGUUUGCCUUGGCAACCUGCAGGCACCUAUAAAUUAACUGGCAAAAAUGUAAAAAUCAUAUGCUGAUUAAACAUUUGAGAUUUGGUAUGUUAAUCCAUUUCCAAUUGUUCUGGUGGUUGUUACUGUUGUAGGUUAAUAAUACUUCAAUGAUUUGUAAAUAUAAUUUUCCUUGUGGGACUAUAGUUUGUUUUUGUACAGAAACAAAAAAAAAACUGCUUUCAAGUACAGAAAAAAGGGAAUAGAAAUGCCAAAGGUGUUCUUGGUAGAAAUAUUAAGUGUGGGUGUUGAAGGGAUAGGGUGUGGUUGGGGAGGGCAACACAGAUUUUUGCAUUAAUUAUCCAUAAUGUUUUUAUAGAUAAAACACUCUGGAUUGGGGUGGGGUAAACAGGAAACAGAUCUUUCUGGGCAAAAAUGUACUUGGAAAUUAUUUUAAAUGUGACUGUUUUGUAAAGAUAGACAUAUUUGCCUGGGCCACCAUUUUAUGAUAAUGGGCUCCUGGCUGUUUUACAACUUAAGCUAUUGUUGCAUGUAAGGUUGCAUAAAUACAGUGCUUCAAUUUAGAAGAUCAUAGAUGCAGUUUCUUUAAAUAACUAUAUCUUGAGGAAAUGCAGGAAGAUUUCAGGAGUGGAAACUGCCUACUAGGUGUAGUACCGUUCUUCAAAACGCAGCAUCUACAUUUCUAUGUCCACUCUGGGUCUUAACUGGUAUUUUGCCUCAAUGGCUCUCAGUAGAAGGGGUUUGUCUGUUUUUAAUCAAGUGCCAAAACAAAGAGGAAAGGGUCUGCUGGGAUCAGUCACAGCUACAGAAAUGUACUUGAAGUCAGUUAUUUGAAAUAUGUGAUGUCGACAAAGCUGUGGAAAAUCUCAAUCAUCCCAUCUUCCACUCUGAGGAUGAUGUCUGUUGCUAGCUGAAUGGAGAAAUUAUUUUGUCAUGAUUAUCUGUACAAGAUAAUUAUGUAAACGAAAGUGAAAAUACUACUUUUAAGUUAAUCAAAGCACACUACUGCAACUUUUUAAUGUACAAGAUAUUUUACAUUAAUUUGAAAUAAAGUUGUAUGUACCAGUAUCUUCUGAAUUUCUG